UUUAGCGCCAGGUUGUGGAAGCGAUGGGGGCAAUGCGCAUGCGCAGAGGCGGAUAUAUAAAGAUUGGCGCCGGCGCCACAGCUGACGCUCACAUUCAUUCUUCACCCGGCAGCAGAACCACAAGUCCAAUCAGAAACAUGUCCAGACGAAGCGAUCGCAUCACUCUGCAAGUCAGGGAUUCAAACACACCCGACGUCGUCGUCAGAGCUCCCCCCAGGAAAAGGAAGUCUGAGCCGUCCAGGAAGAAGACGCAACCCACCGCCAAGAAACAAAGCUACGAAAUUCAGAAGUGUUGGUUCGAGGACGGAACCAGCCCUUGCGUCCUCAUCGAGACGCCCCACAAAGAACUGGAGCCCACAGACCCAUCCAGUUUCAAGCAAUAUAGAUUCAAGAACCUCUUCAUCAAGACCUCGCCCCUCCCUCGCCUCAGCUGGGCCAGCUCGGAUGACUUGUGGAUCAAGAUGCUCAACAAGGAACUGAAGUAUGUUCACGACAAGAGCUACCUGAAGGCACACCCCAGACUGCAGGCCAGCAUGAGGGCCAUCCUCCUCGACUGGCUGCUGGAGGUGAGCGAGGUGUACUGCCUCCACCGUCAGACGGCGUAUUUGGCCCAGGACUACUUUGACCGCUUUAUGCUGACUCAGGACGACGUCAACAAGGAGUUCUUGCAGCUCAUCGGUAUCACGGCGCUCUUCAUAGCCUCCAAAAUAGAAGAGAUCUACCCGCCCAAAAUCAGCGAGUUUGCCUACGUGACAGACGGAGCGUGUGACACCUGGGACAUCCAGCGCACGGAGCUUCUCAUCCUCAAGGCCUUGGACUGGACUCUCUGUCCUGAGACUCCCAUUGCCUGGCUCAAGCUCUACGCUCAGGUGGAGGCCCAGAAAGAUGGAGACAACUUCCUGGUCCCUCAGUUCUCACAGGAAACCUACAUCCAGAUCACGCAGCUGUUGGACCUUUGCAUGAUGGACAUCAGCUCGCUGGACUUUAGCUACAGCGUCCUGGCCGCCGCCGCCUUCUGCAACUUCUCCUCCUUCGACGUGGUGAACAAAGUGUCAGGCCUGACGUGGGAGAGCGUGUCGCCGUGCGUGCGGUGGAUGACUCCCUUCACGGACACGCUGCGCUCGGAACCCAGAGUUGAGCUCAAAACCUUCCCCAAAGUGAAAACUGAGGACCGACACAACAUCCAGACGCACGUCAUCUACCUGGAUCUUUUGAAAAAAGCUCAGGAACGGCGCACUGAUGCUGACUGCCCGCUGUCCCCCGUCGCCCUAACACCCUGGAUGACUCCUCCCAGCAGCACAGAGAAGCCAGCCAAUCACUGAGCAGGAUUUCUGCUCAUGUGACCUCUGACCAAAACCUGGGUAGCUUUUUUUUUUUAAUUUUAAUUUUUUUUUUUUUAAAUUGCAUUAUUUAAAUUAAGUGAGAUUUUUUGGUUUUAUGAACCAGCAUUAUUUCGCAAUAGACUUUGGGUGAAUAUUUUCAUCUCUAAGAGGACGCACGACUUCUUCGCCGCGUCAUUCCACUGUGAACAUCCCAUCACUAACAUGGGCUCAUCGCCGUGGCGACAAGCGUCGAGUCCUCUUUCCUGCCUGUUUCAUUCCUGGAAACUUGACCCGAGCAGGUCCCGGCCUGCUCCCCUGCGUGUGCUUGUAUUUAUUGAAGAGUUUAAGAACCAAUAGGGACGUCGGAGCAAGGGUCUGGUUUUUCUGUCUAUUUAUGACGUCGACGCGUGUUUGUGCCUUUUGACUCCGACUCCUCAGGUGCUAAAGAAUGUACAGUAUGUUUUUGUACAGAGAGCCAUUUUUUGGAAUGGGUCAUUUCAGUCUUUUAUACUGCGACGUUUUACACAAAUAAACCACAUCAACUCUAA